AACUCAAUUAAACAUGACUGAAACUGGAUUACCUCCUGGAUGGGCUAUCCGUCUUUCUAAAACGCACAAUAAGGAAUACUUUUUGAACCAAGCCACUAAGGAGUCUUCAUGGGAAGCACCUUUUGGUACUGAUAAUGACAAGCUCAAGACCUAUUUGACCAAGUAUCAUGCGGCUGGUAACAAACCAGUUAUUCCAUCCGACGGGAAAGUCCGUGCAUCUCACUUAUUAAUCAAGAGCAACCAAUCUAGAAGACCUAAAUCCUGGAAGAGUCCUGAUGGAGUCACCAGAAGUAGAGAUGAAGCCAUUGCUAUUUUAAAGAAACAUCAAGAACGUAUUUUGAAUGGAGAAGUUAAAUUAAGUGAAUUGGCCGAGACUGAAAGUGAUUGUUCUUCUCAUAGCCAAGGUGGUGACUUGGGAUUCUUUGGUAAAGGUCUGAUGCAACCACCUUUUGAAGAAGCUACAUUUGAUUUAAAUGUUGGUGAAAUAAGUGACAUUAUAGAAACUGACAGUGGAGUUCAUUUGAUUCAAAGAACUGCUUAGUGUAUAAU